CGGGGCGGAGCCGACGCCCUUUCCCCACCCCCGGCGCCCGGCCCUGCCGCCAGCCCUGCUCUCCUCCAGCCGCCCUGCGCAGCUCUCUGGCCACAUCGUCCGCACCAUGAAGGCGCUCCUGCUCGCUGUGCUGGCCGCGGUGCUGUGCGUGGAGAGAGCCCACACGCUCGUCUGCUUUUCCUGCUCGGAUGCCUCCUCCAACUGGGCCUGCCUGACGCCUGUCAAGUGUGGAGAGAAUGAAAACCACUGCGUGACGACGUACGUCGGAGUGGGACUCGGCGGCAAAUCCGGCCAGUCCAUCUCGAAGGGAUGCUCUCCCAUCUGCCCCAGCGCCGGGAUCAACCUGGGAAUAGCGGCCGCCUCCGUUUACUGCUGCGACUCCUUCCUCUGCAACAUCAGCGGUUCCAGCAGCGUCCGAGCCAGCUACACCAUCCUGGCCUUGGGAAUUCUCAUCAGCUUCAUCUACGUCCUCCAGGCUCGCCAGUGAUGGGGCUGCCUGAGGAAGAGCCGCCUCCCACGGGUCUCGUUAGCCAAUAUCUUCUCUGUUGCUGUCUGCAAGGAGAUCCUCUACUUCUCAGCAGGCUUCCAAGGUGAUUGUUUCCCAGACUUUUUUUGCUCUUCCAAGCAAGUUGGAGAACCUGGGUGGUUUGGCUGAGCUGUUCUCCUCCUCCUGUGGACGUCUCCCGCUGCACUCUCGCUCCUCCUUUGCCAAGGCGGAUGAUUUUGGAAGGGUUUCUGCUUUUUCUACCUAUUCAUAAUCCCCCCUGCCCCCUCAUUUCUAAGUUUGGUUAAACCAGGCUGGGACUCGCUGAGAACAGAUUCACCCCAAGCACCACCAGGUCUGCUCCACUACAUGGGUGGCACAGGCAGAGGGAAUGCAGGAUCCAAAGGGAGACACAUUCCUGGCCCCUCGCAGCUGCAGUCUCUUUUUAUAAAAUUGUCUCAUUUCUUCUGAUCCUGGGCUGACUUUUCUGGAAAACCAAUGCCGUGUACCUUGUCCUUCCAAGUUCUGUAAGUGCCAGACCUGAAUAAACUUGCUCCUGUUGUUACCCGA